AUGGGGCCACAGGGAUAUCAGGCUGUGUUGCUUGCUGGCGGAUCAGGAACAAAUUUAUUCCCCUUGAAUCAAACCGGCCUUCCACUCUCUUUGUUGCCCGUUGCCAAUCAGCCUCUUAUCACGUAUCCUCUGAAGACGCUCGAAGGAGCAGGCAUCGUUGAUGUUCUGGUGGUGUGUCUUGGCGAGACAACAGCAGCAAAGGUUAGCACAUGGAUCAGCAAGAAUUACAGUGGGAAGCUCCAGUUGAAGGUGAAAAGCGUACCGGAAGACAGCGAAAGCGCAGAAGCCUUGAGAGCAGUCGCCGAAUACAUCACCGGCAAAAACGUCAUUGUCAUGAGUGUUGACCUGAUCACAGAUGUCAGGUUGGAGGCUCUCAUGGCUGUGCACUUCAUCCGGAGCGCUAUGGCCACAGUUCUUUUAUCGCAGAGGAGGACAUCUCCAUCAUCUGAAACAAAGCCCGGCAAGGCUCCAAAGGAAGUGGAAUAUGUUGGUUUGGACGAGCAGCAGCAGCAGCUUCUGUUCUUCAGGCCAUCCCCCGAAUCGCGCAGGAGUAUUCGGCUGCCCAUGAACGCUCUGCUGCGCCACAAGCAGCUGACCGUGCGAACAGACCUGCAGGACAACCACCUGUACAUCUUCAAUCGGGCUGUGCUUGAAAUCCUGCAUGCCAAGCCAAACCUUGCCAACAUCAAGCAGGUGCUGCUGCCCUUUGCAUUCUCGGUUGCUUGCAGCCAUCCAUGUUGCCAGGACUUCAUGGCGCUGUCACACAGCGCAGCAGCAGAGGAGGAGCAGUCGCGCGGCAAUUGGUACUGCGGAGCCUUUGUUGUGGGCAAGGACAAUUACUGUGCGCGCACCUCCACACUGCAGGCUUUCUGCGAGGUGAUAAAUACGGACCUGGCAGGGCGGCUGGGCGUCAAAGCGCAGCCCAACACAAAGUUUGACAACUUCCUGCAUGACUCUGUCCAGAUGGGCUACAAGACCACUGUUGCAGCGGGAUGCAUGGUUGGCCGGGGGACCACUAUGGCGGACAAGUGCUCCAUAAAGCGCAGUGUGCUGGGCGCCAUGUGCAAGCUGGGCAGCAAUGUCAAGAUCAUAAACUGCGUCCUGAUGGACGGCGUGGAGGUGCAAGAUGGCUGCCACCUGCAGAACUCCAUCAUCUGCCCAAAUGCACACCUGCAGGAGCGGGUGACUCUCAGGGACUGUCACGUGGGCCCGGGAACAGUCGUCUCAGAAGGCUUGGAGCACCGAGAGGAGGUGCUUGCCAAGGCAGCGCAGCGACGAAGCAGCGAGUACAAGUGA